GUUUUCUAAGAUUAUAAAUAAUAUUAGGAAAAUAUUGAAAAAAUCGCUAAGCUGGUCAAUAAUGGUUGUCCAUCCUUCAUUAACGAUAACUACAUUAAUAUCAAUACGAAUUAAGGGCGGCCCAUCCUUCAUUAACGAUAACUACAUUAAUAUCAAUACGAAUUAAGGGCGGUCCAUCCUUAAUUAACGAUAACUACAUUAAUAUCAAUACAAAUUAAGGGCACGUUUGAUUUUCAGUAUUGGAUUAAUCAAGAUAUAAAUUAUCCUGAUAAUUUAGUGUGGAUUAGUCAUGAUUUCUAAUCUCAUAUGGGUGUUUGAUUUCAUUGGUAAUUAAUCCCAAAAAGUGUUUGGUAUCCAUUGGAAUAUGUUGGAUUAACAUAUCAAAUACCUAAAUUAUCCUCACAUAUUUUACCAAAAGAAAUUCGUGUCCUCAAAAAUAAGAUGGAGGCAUUGGUAUCCUCACAGCAUCGUUUGGCGUGAAAAGGGUAUCAAUUUUCGAUUUUAACAUCUCGGUAUUAAAUUUAUCCCAUGAGGAGGGUGGUAUAAUUAGUAUGGGUUAAUCCCACAAAAUAAGCUAGAGUCUUGGGAUAAACCUGGAGUUGACCAUAUUAGUAGCACAUAAUACCAAACACUGCAUAAAUCCAUAUUAAUUUUACUUAUCCGGCUUUUAAACCCAUAUCAAACGGGCCCUAAGGGUCUAGGCUCGACAAGUUAAUAUUGCAUCAUAUAACCUAAGUCUUUAGUUUUGGUUGAGUCAGUUACUGAUUCAUCCAUGCUCCGGGACUACUUAUGAGCUAAGAUCUGCAUUGAUCUGGCCAUAUCAAUUAGUUUUGAGUUUUGUAUUUUUCAUUUAAUUUAAAUGACACCAAUUUAAAUAACACAAUUGUUAAGAUCAACAUUUAAUUAAUUUAAAAUACUAAAAAUAAAAUUACAAACAUCUCCCAUUUAUCUUCUCUCUAAAAUAUCAUGAGACCUGUACACAGCGGUAUAUCUUCUUCUUUAUAUAUACGGAUGAGAAUGAAUCAUAAUUCCUCAUAUUUUCCACAAAUACAAAAAGAGAAAAAUUAUUUACUCUCUUCAAUCUUCUAUUCUACUCCAAAUCGAAUAGCAUAUAUAGUAAUGUCGGCAGCCGCGGUGCAUAUAGUUCUAGUCCACGGCGCGUGCCACGGUGCAUGGUGCUGGUUCAAGCUCAAGCCGCUGCUGGAGGCGGCCGGCCACCGCGUCACGGCCCUCGACUUAGCCGCCUCCGGCAUCGACCGCAGAAGCCUGCAAGACCUCCGCAGCUUUGCCGACUACUCGCAGCCUCUGCUUGAGCUUAUGGCCGCGAUUCCGGCGGAGGAGAAGGUGGUUGUGGUGGGCCACAGCCUAGGUGGAAUUAAUAUUUCCCUUGCUAUGGAAAUGUAUCCUCACAAAAUUGCUGUUGCUGUUUUUCUUGCUGCCUUCUUGCCUGGUUCUACACAUCCACCAUCCUAUGUUGUUGAUCAGAUUUCGAAGGAAAUUCCCGCAGAAGAGUGGCUAGACACAGAGUUUUUGCCCUAUGGCUCUCCCGAAGAAAAUCUAACUUCAUUGUUUUUCGGCCCCAACAUGCUCUCCUCCAAAGUUUACCAACUUUCUUCACCUGAGGACGUGACACUAGCAAAAAUGUUGAUAAGGCCAAGCUCUCUAUUUCGUGAAGAUUUAUCAAAGAGGAAGCCAUUCACAAAGGAAAGGUAUGGAUCAGUGAAAAGGGUGUACGCAGUGUGCAGCCAAGACAUGAUCAUUCCAGAAAGUUAUCAACGUUGGCAAAUAGAAACAAAUGGAGUGGAUGAAGUGAAGGUGUUAGAGAAUGCUGAUCACAUGGCUAUGUUCUCUCAGCCACAGCAGCUCUGCCAAUGCCUACUGGAGAUUGCAAAUAUUUAUGCUUAGAGAUUCCUCUACUUGUUCAUGCAUGGAUUCUCUGUAUUUUAGUAACAUACAACGUAACACAUAUAUAUAUACUUUUAGUAUUACAGAUGAUGUAUCUAUUUAGUAUAUUUUUGUAUAUAUCAUGGGGCAUCUUAUAUACUA